UUGAUCCUCAAUGGAUCCUGCAUGUAGUAAAGGGCCUCGUAAGUCUUGACGAACUCUUUGCAUAAAACCCCAAUCUUUUGAGGUGAUCUUUCGGUGAUUCCCCACUUCUUCGAUCGCAGAUAUAUUUCGCGUAAAAGCAUGAAAUUGCGGAUAUCUUGUUCACAGAAUAUGCAAGACAAUUUUGACUGGGAAGAUCGACACAGAGAGAGCUAGCCAAGUCAAAGCUGAAAUGCGAGGAAGCUUCUCUGGUAAUGAAGCACGCAGCAAGUUAGGGAGAAAAGACUCGAGAAACGUCGUCAAAAAAUGAAUUCCCAAGCCUCAAGUUCCAGUGGCACCAUGUCUGCAGCUUCAUCUUUUGAAAUUCCAACUACUGAUCCUGCUUUGAGCACUGCUCCGACCGUCCUAUCUGUCAGCUCCACAGUUACGGCCAACGACGUGUUUGAUGCCAUCCCCUCGGUCAAUCCAUCAUAUCUUACCCCAAUCGCCAAGUCUUCUACGGACUCGACUUACAGCACUGGGCCAAAUCCACAAUAUGGCAACUAUCAUGUCCAGCAAUACAGCAACGCCGUAGUUGCUGUUCGCAUGACAAGUGCUCUCAACACUAGCACCCUUGACGAGCUCGAAUCUCAGAUCAGUAUUCUCACUCGCGAGAGAGAUGAGAUGUGUUCAACACCUCACCAAUCCCUGGACCUCCAACUCAGUCGUCCACUACUGCUUUACCACACUCUGCAGCCUCGUAUCAAUAUCUGGAUCCCCGGAUCUGCGAAACAGCUCCUGCGUUCGGAAACUCUCUUGGAGCCUCUGGCUCUACUACAGUUCCCAACACUCCUUGAUCCCACAGACUUCGACCUUACUGUUCCUCCAUACCUAUCCUUUACAGAUCCUACACAAGACAAUGUUGGUGUAUGUAACAAUGGCAAAGGCUCUUGCCAGAAUCUUCGGACCAAGAAGACUGCUCGAGGUUUUCAAGUAUUGUGUGUGCCUUGCAAAGCUCAAAGAACAAGUGCACCGGGGAAGACUGGGGGGAAAGCGUUGAAACCUACAGAGAAGGUUGUUACGGCGGUGGAGACGGAAGAAGAGAAGCAGCAAAAGAAACGAGAUGUCCUCGACAAGAGAGCCCAAAAAGCUACUACAGUAGCUCGUGAUACUGAUAUCGGUACCCAGCUUGCGGCAAUGUCUGGACGUUCGUAACGUUCGCAAUAAUGGUUCAGGCUUUGGGUAUCUUUGGGGUCUUGGUUUCUACUCUCUUGAUACGUUCUUUUUGAUUUGUCGAAUGGGAUUACUUCUAGCAAGGUUCCCUUGACUCCCCAUCAGAAUAUUAGGAAGGUACGAACGUUCCGUUUUGACAGGAGAAUCCCAGUC